AGGCUGAUCUCAGCCCGGGCGCCCGGUUCAGCCACACCCCGGCCGGCGCCGGCGCCUGCCCGGCUCUCAGCGAGGCGGGGGAGCAGGAGGAGUUGGCGCCGCCGGGAAGCCCGCGCCUCGCCCGCACCCCGGGCUGGACUGACCGGCGUCUGCGGGGCUCUCUGGCCAGGCCCUGUGUGCCGGGACCGCGCCGAGAACUGGGCAGCGGCGGUGCGGAGAGGUGGCAGCAGGCCGCGAGACUGGAGCUGGGCCGGCGCCCUGCCAUGGAGGCCCGCUACAACCUGAAGAGUCCGGCUGUUAAACGUUUAAUGAAAGAAGCGGCAGAAUUGAAAGAUCCAACAGACCAUUACCACGCACAGCCUUUAGAGGAUAACCUUUUUGAAUGGCACUUCACAGUUAGAGGGCCCCCAGAUUCUGAUUUUGAUGGAGGAGUUUAUCAUGGGCGGAUAGUACUGCCGCCAGAGUAUCCCAUGAAACCACCGAGCAUUAUUCUCCUAACGGCUAAUGGACGAUUUGAAGUGGGCAAGAAAAUCUGUUUGAGCAUCUCCGGACAUCAUCCUGAAACUUGGCAGCCAUCAUGGAGUAUAAGGACAGCGUUAUUAGCCAUCAUUGGGUUUAUGCCAACAAAAGGAGAAGGCGCCAUAGGCUCUCUCGAUUAUACUCCCGAGGAAAGAAGAGCACUUGCCAAAAAAUCACAAGAUUUCUAUUGUGAAGGAUGUGGCUCUGCCAUGAAGGAUGUCCUGUUGCCUUUAAAAUCUGGAAGUGAUUCAAGCCAGGCUGACCAAGAAGCUAAGGAACUGGCGAGACAAAUCAGUUUCAAGGCAGAAGUCAAUUCAUCUGGAAAAACUAUUGCUGAGUCAGAAUUAAACCGUUCUUUUUCACUAAAUGACUUACAAGAUGAUAUACCUACAGCAUUCCAGGGUGCUACUGCUGGUUCAUCGUGUGCAGUCCAGAAUCCCUCAGGAGCAUCCUUUCAACAAACUACCCAACCUGUAGCUAAGAAUACCUCCAUGAGCCCUCGGCAGCGCCGGGCCCAGCAGCAGAGUCAAAGAAGAUCAUCGGCUUCACCAGAUGUAACCCAGGGCCAGCAGCCGAGAGACAUUCACACUGAUCAUGGUGGGUCAGCAGUACUGAUCGUCAUCCUGACUUUGGCAUUGGCAGCUCUUAUAUUCCGACGGAUAUAUUUGGCCAAUGAGUACAUAUUUGACUUUGAGUUAUAAUAUUGUUUUGUGACUUAAGAGCUGUGACUCAACUGCUUCAUUAAACAUUCUGCAUUGGGUAUAAUCUUAAGAAUUGUUUACAAAAAGAUUAUUUUGUAUUUACCAUUCAUUCCUUUUUAUGACCCUCAGAUGUUAACUAUAAAUACAGCUAGACAUUCAGACCAUCAGGCAGUGUGUCCAGCUUACUUUAAGGGGCUGGAAAUCAAAGUUCCUUGUCUUGCUAUUUGAUCUGCUUUACAGAGAAAUAAUUUAUUGUUGUUUCUCAUGCCUCAGCUUUUUAUGUAAAUUUGUGCACUUUUCUGUAUAGCCCUUGGAAAUUUUGGGAUGAAAGAUGAUGUUUUAAGUUCCAA